CUCGAUUGACAUCUUGAAGCUCAGAUUUUUUUAAAAAAAUCAAUUUCUUUCAUUUUCUUUCUUAGCAACAACAAGAAAAGGAUAAUCUCUUUUUUUUUGAAAAUGGAUGAUACGAUUAAGCAAGAAUCUAAACAGCAACAACAAUCAGAAAUAUCAUCAACAGCAGAACAACAAUAUCGAACAAGCGAUUUGAAUAUAAAUUUUCUAUCACAAAUUUAUGAAAUAUUACGAUGUUUGGAAAAAGAAACACAAGAAAAUUUUGUAGCAAAAACUGGUAACAAAUCAACAUCGUCAUCAUCAUCAUCAUCAUCAUCGACAACACAAUCAUCAACUCAAUCAACAUCCGAAUAUAUCACGAAAUUAAACAAUUUACGUGAAACAUUUGAACAAUUUCGUCAACAAAUCCCUCAGGUAUCUGGUUCGAAUGUAUCAAAAGAAGAACAAUUACAAACAUUACGAUCAUUACGACAGCAAUUAAUAAUGAAAAAAGAUUUAUUAUUAAAAUAUAAAAAUAGUUCAUUUGUUGAUCAUUUACAAUCAGGAAUAUCAUCGCAACAACAAUCAACUAAUAAU